AUGCACAAGAAGAUUCCUUCUUCCGCCGUCUUCCGGCUUAUCGGGCCGACACCUGCUCUGCGACCAGUAAACCCAACCGUCCGGAGAACUGCUCAAGGCAGCAACGAACAAUGUCUUCUCUGUCAGAGCGGAUUAUACAGACGGCCCCCUAGCUCUCAGUCCCGCCAAUUCAACACAUCACGCUCUCUGUCAUUCAAGAGCCCUAUUCCAAGGGCUGCUUCCCAACAGGCAGACCCUGCCUCACAACCAAUUCCCGAAGACCUGCCAUCAGGUUUAACAGCAAAAAUCCCUGACAUUACGACCCAUUACACUAUAUUCCCCAAAACUCUACCUGAUGGCCCUCCACCGAAUGGCUCAUUUGACAUUUCUCUGCCAGAACUCCGCCGCGAGUUCCUUUCCCUCCAAGGCUUUGCACAUCCGGACAAAUUUCCCGACGGGCCGGCAAAGCGAAAAGCGGAGGCCCUUUCGUCUCGAAUCAAUGAAGCCUACCGUGCGUUGGGUGAUCCAUUAGCUCGUGCGCAGUACCUUCUCGCUUCCCAGCAUGACAUCGACGUGACAGCUGAGGAUGGCGCCAACAAACACCCACAGAGUCCAGAAACCUUGAUGCAAGUUAUGGAGGUGCAGGAAGCCGUUGAGGAGGCCGAGGACGAGAACAUAAUCGCCGACCUGAAGGUGGAGAAUGAGGAGCGGAUUUUGCAGACGGUGAACGAGAUGGGCCAGGCCUUUGAGUCGGGCGAUAUUGACAGUGCUACGAUGCUGUGCUCGAAGCUUAAGUUCUGGUACACGAUUCGAGAUGGACUGAGAGAAUGGGAACCAGGCUCCAAGAGUGUGAGGCUGGUCCAUUGA